UUGGCCACAGUGUGCCGUAACCGUUGAGUGGCGACGCACGCCCGUCCUUACCGCUGACGGAUGAGACGUUUCGCGCCUUAUUCAAAUUUCGAAUCCGAUUUUUGAACUCGUAUUGUGACGUUUAACUUUUUUUUCCAAAUUUAAAGUGUUUUUGUUUUUUUUUUAAUUAAAAACUUUUUUGUGAAUAGAUAUUACGAUAUAAUAGAGUGGAUUUUUUUGUGUCGUGGUAGUUAGUGGAUUCAUUAUCGUGUACUUUAGUGACUUUUGGAUUAUUUGUUUAUUUUGGAUUAUGUAAACAAUUUCGUAUGAGAAAAACAAUGAGAACCUCUUGAGAUAAGAAACCUUACAAAUGAUAGAUGAAACUGACCAAUAUGCGCCAAUCAUAUAAGCUGAUAUGGCGGCAAAAUUCAAAUAUUCAUUUGAAAAUGGAACGCCAUUUAUAGAGCGGCGCGUGCGCGGGGAUGAUUCGAAAUUCGAAAAUAGAACGGAUAUACGCAGGAAAUGGCGGAUGCCGGAUGUUGGGGUGUGGAUAUUGACUGUGGCCAUAUUGCUGACCGGUUGUUAUGGUAACCAAGAACAGAGAUUUGCGAUGGAGCCUCAAGAUCAGAGUGCUAUAGUCGGCUCCAGGGUGACACUGCCGUGUCGUGUGGAGAACAAAGUGGGUGAUCUACAGUGGACCAAGGACGAUUUCGGUCUUGGCAUACAUCGAAACUUGAGCGGGUACGAGAGGUACUCCAUGAUCGGCAGCGACGAGGAAGGAGAUUACUCGUUGGAUAUAAAAAACGUAUCGUUGGAAGAUGACGGCAAAUAUCAGUGCCAAGUUGGUUCGGGGCUCAACGGUGAGCCAGGAAUCCGUUCCCGGUACGCUCAACUGAUGGUGCUAGUAGCGCCCGACCCUCCCAGGAUACUCCAAGGUGCCUUCAUAGAUGCCACUGAGGACCAGCCAGUAGAUAUUGAAUGUGUGUCUGUCGGUGGCAAGCCUGCUGCUGAGAUAACGUGGGUAGACGGAAACCAGGCAGUGAUUAAAAAAGACGUUAAUAGUGAAACGGAGCCGUUACCAGACAAACAAAGAUUUCAAACGAGGUCAGUAUUGCGGUUAACACCGACUAAGGACUACCAUAACCAGACAAUAACAUGUCAAGCGCAGAAUACUGCAGACAGGGCGUAUAGGAUGGCCACUGUUCAUAUAGAGGUAAAAUAUGCACCAAAGCUGAACGUAUCAAUAAAGUCCGGAUUGAUCAAUGGCAAGAUACCUGAAGGUACAGAGGCGAGGUUCUUGUGUGAAGUGGACGCCAACCCUCCCCCACAAGUGUACAGAUGGUAUUUGAAUAACAAUCCUAUGAUUGGGGACUAUACUGAGGAAAUGAUUAUCUUCAACGUGUCCCGUAAGCAUAACAAAGCCGUUGUGAAAUGUGAAGUCAGCAACUCAGUUGGGACCAGGGACAAGACAGUGACUUUAGAUGUUACGUAUGCCCCAGCAUUUAGAACUCGGCCACAGAACAUAGCAGCUGAGGUUGGCAAGAGAGUAACACUCAGCUGCGACGUAGAUGGCCAACCUCAGCCAGAAAUCAGGUGGCUGUUCCAUGAACCUGGACGUAUAGGGCAGGUUAAAGGGAAGGCACCCAAUUUAAACGUUUAUGUUGAUAAUGAGACCGCUGGACGGUAUAUAUGUAAGGCCACAGUGGAAGGUUACCCGGAGAUUGAAAGUGAGGCUACUGUAUUUAUUAAAGGCGCACCAAAGAUACUAUCAAAUAGGACCCAAUUCGGAACUGAAGGAGAAGGUGUUACUGUAGAAUGCGCUGCUCUAUCAGUACCCAAGCCUGACGACAUCAGAUGGUACUUCGAAGGCCAUGAGAUUAGUGUAAUACAAGACCCGGAUUACGCGAUACAAGAGGAGAUCUUACCAGAUGGUAUUAUCAAAUCAUCUCUGAAGAUCAGGGCAAGCCAGGCCAAACACUAUGGCGUAUACAAUUGCAGUAUUACAAACGAGUAUGGAAACGCCAAUGCUGCUAUAAUUCUCAAGCGAAUAAAAACCUUACCUCUCUUCAUUAUUCUGAUUGGCGUUACCUCCGGGAUUAUAAUCUUCGCUGCCUUUAUCACCCUCGUGGUGCUCUGCUACCGACGACGUAGAAAGAGCAGCCAACAAAUGAGUGAGAAACCCGACGUCACGGUUACCACCGGUGAUAUGUACAAAGGCAGUGAUAGAAGCUCUAACAUUAGUGAUCUGAAAAUGCAGUUACCUCAAGGCGAUGGUAGUUACGAAUUGGACUAUACAAGUUCAGAUCGGUCCGAUACAAAGAUCCCAGCGGGAUUGCCACUUGCUGGACCUGUGCAGCUCCCCUCAAUCCGACAUGACGAUCCAUUAAUGCAGUUUAGAUAUAGCAACGAUUACUCCGAUCCAACGUACAGUGACCCUUAUUUUAAGGGUCCAGCUGGGUACGUAUACGACUACCCUCAAGGCUAUCCGCCCCCUCCGAAUUUGAGGGUACAAUCACCCACGCAGUUAGAAGUACCUCCGAAUAAUAGAUCAUUGCAAGGUUCAUUGACCCGCAGCAUUGAUACCGCGUCAACGCUCCCGUUGUCGACCGGCAAUGGAUCGCAAAAUAACUCUUUGCAACGAACGAACAAGUCUCCAGAGGAGACCGACGCUAUUAACAAUUUAGGGCUUCCAGUUGGCAGUGAAACACCACCAACGCCGAUAUAUGCCCAGCCGAAUAACAAGAUAGGCGUUGACCUUAGGUAUUCGGCGACAUAUGGAAACCCCUAUUUAAGAAAUAGUUCACUUGGCUACGGCAGUCAAGUGCAUACAGCUAAGCCGGCCGCGACACCAGCGCCGCCGCCGUACUCGGCUGUCAGAAGUUCCGUUGUCAUACCAGCAGGUAACGGCAACCAACCAUCACAGGCCACUCACGUAUAGCGAACAAUUAUAAGACUUGUAUAAAGUGAUGGACUCGUUUUCAAAUACGACUAUAAAUUGCGAUUAUUAUUUUUGACUGUUUCGUACUUAAUGCCAUUUGUUUUCAUGUAUGCAAUCAAUCCCAUGUAAAGCUAAUUUUAAACUUUGUUUGCCGUUGUUUACAUAUAUUUUAAACAUACUAUUGAGACUUAAUGCUAUGCAAUUGCAAGUAAAUAGGAAACGUCUGCAGUAAAAAUCAGGUAUCUGAGUACUAUUGUCUAAGAACAAGGAAUUACAUAGAGGGAAUGAUGAAAUAAAAACUAUAAAUCAUAUGGUUGCCUACUUUCUUCUUAUGCAAAUAUAAUUAGUAAAAAGAGGAUGAAAGAUACACCAUCAGUUGCUAUUUUUGUCAAUUCAUAGCAGGCUAGUGUAUAGAAAAUGUUUGAUAUGUCAAUUAUUGUAUCUGAAUUUGGUAGGGUUAUACGGCCGUAUAACGUUUUCUAUGCGCUAACUUGCUAUAAAUUAACAAAAAUAGCAAAUGAUGGUGUCUCUUUUAUCUUAUUUUUACUAAUUAUAUUUGCAUAAGAAUAAAGGAGGCAAUCAUAUGAUUUACAGCUUUUAUUUUAUCAUUCAUUCUAUGUAUUUUCUUGUUCUUAGUAUAGUGUCGCAUUAAGACUCGAUAGUGUAUUAAAAAUUAAAUUAUCGAUAAAAGAACAUCGAUAAAAAUCGAUUCACAAUUGUAUAUUUUCAACUGUAAUUGUAUUUGACUAAAGUACAUUGUAAUAAAGUGUUUAAUAAAGUACAAGCAGUCAUAAAUAAUUAAUACUGGUGUGUGUGUAAAAUACUAUGUUCCUAAAUAGACUUUAAAUAUACGACUGAAUGUAAAUAUGUGUUUUUAAGAUUCCAAUGUAUUAUUAUUUCAAAAUAGAACAGAAGAUAUAAUUUGAAAUGUAAAUGAGAGAAAUUUCUAUAAUCCUUUGUAAUUUAAAAAAAAUCACAGCGAAUUAUACAGUAAGUACUAUUUAUCUAAUAGGCAAUUAUUUUCAAAAUACAACACUAAAAUAAAAACUUUUGGAAGUUUUAUUUUUAAAUUUCAAAUUAAACAAGCAUAAUUUCAUUAUGAAUUAAAUGCCUACAAACAUUCAUGGACUAUUAUUACAAUAGUAUUUAUUGAAUCAUUCGCAUUUGAUACAAUCAUUAGCAUUGAUCACAACGCCACCCAUUGUUGUCGAUUGAAUUGUGGAGGUUUGUGUCCAAUUAUGAAUUGUCGAUAAAAUAUUAUCGAUUCAAUUAUAUCACUGUUGCUAUUCGGUUGUACUAACAGCCACGUUUAAUUUAUUGUGAUUUCGUAAAUUUAAUGUUUAUUAGAAAAAAGUCUUUGGUUAAUAGCGCUUUAUUUGUGAUUUUUAAUAAUAAACGAACGUAUAAUCCUUGCAUGAAAUCUAAUGUACGAUCAUGUAUUUAAAUACUUCUUCAAUUUUUAGCAGAUCAAAUCAAAAAUUAAUAUUAUGUAGUAGUAUAAGUAUUUUGGGCAUUUAUCUGAUUUUUUUCAUUUAUAGUAUAAUAGUUGAGUAAUAUGUCAAUAUUGUUUUGUAAAUAGCUAAUUAUAAUAAAAUGCCAUAAUUGUAAAUAAAUAGUUAAGUUCUGUUCUUUUCAAGCUUUUUUUUUUCCAGAAAAUAAUUAUCAUGUAUCAGAGUAUAGUUUAAAUUAUUUAUCACAAAUAGUCCAGUCAAAUGCUAAGUUAUUUUUUUUAUUUUCAAAAAAAUAUGAUUACAAACGACAUCUUAAAUAUAUUAAAUUCAAAAUAUGUAUUUUAUUUUAAAAGCAAACAGUUAAUUUUUAUCUCUAGAUAGUCAGAAGAUACCUUUAGAUUCUGAUGGAUAUGUGAAUAUAAAUCUAGCAUUAAAAAUGCUUUGCUCAACAACAAUCGAUUGUCGAUUUUUAUAAUUCCAUUUUUCCUUAUUAGAAGUAAAAGCAAGAGUUAACUAUUACGUAUUUAGAAUUAAAUAGACUGAAAGAGAUAUUUUGUAUAUUUUAUACAAGUAUAAACAAUCGAAUACUAAUCGAUGACGAAUUAUCGGUUGGCCUAAUCGAUUUUAUUUGAUUUAUCUAAUAUACAUAGAUAUUUGCUAUAUGAACUAGAUAGCGUAAAAUAAAACUUUUAGUAAAAAUAUAUAUCAUUAUUUCUGUGAUAUAAUAGUGUUUAAAAUGUCUGCAUUUUUAUAGCUCUGAGAUAAUUUGAUAUGCUAAUUACUUGUGACAAAUAUGACUUGUUAGUAGUUUAUUUAAAAUAACUCUAUUAUUUCUUUUAAAUCAGUCUGGGAAUAUAAAUUUAUAGUAGAAUAGUAAACGUUACAUCGUUUUCAUUUCAUAUUAUAACGAAAAUUUUUAUAAAAAAAAUAUACAUUUUGACAUUUUCAGUGCUUACAAUAUAAAUAUGCGUUUUGUUGUAUAAAAAAAAUGUUAAAAAUGUUCAAAAAUAUUGCAUGAUACAGUGUUUUUUAUUUGCAUGCGACAAUCUAUAUUUUGUCAUUUUCACAACCAUUCUGUUCUAUAAAUAAAUACUUUACAA